AUGGAGCUCAACGUCAACAACGCCAAACAGCUCCUGGCUCAGCACGAGCACGAACUGCAAACCGCUCAGGCGGUGCAGUCACAGGUGCUCAAGGAUGAGCCGAUCACCGCCGCAUCCUCGCACCCCAACGGCAUCGCUGCUCCCGUCCAACAGCCCCUCAGUACUGCGGCUGCACCAUCCAGCGUCCUUCCGCCCACAGCCGUUGCCGCCUCUGCUCCUCUGUCCUCAACAUCAGCCCCAACCAUCACCGACGAGACAGGUCGCAUGCAACUCAUCGACGAAGACCAAAAGUUCAACAAGUCUCAGUUUGCUCCCCAUCUCCAAAGUUGGGGUCUCGCAGAUGCUGGUUUCGGGUACGAUCUCUGCGCCGUGCUCGGCUCCCAGUCCACCGGUAAAUCCACGCUGCUCAACAAGCUCUUCGGUACCAACUUCGACGUCAUGAGCGAGUCUGCACGUCAGCAGACCACCAAGGGUAUCUGGAUGUGCAAGGGGCUUAAGAUGAACGUGCUCGUCAUGGAUGUUGAAGGUACCGACGGUCGCGAACGUGGCGAAGACCAAGACUUUGAACGCAAAUCCGCCCUCUUCUCUAUGGCUUCUGCCGAAGUGCUCAUCGUCAACCUCUGGGAACAUCAGGUCGGUCUCUACCAGGGCGCCAACAUGGGUCUGCUCAAAACCGUGUUCGAAGUCAAUCUCGGCCUCUUCCAAGCUGGGAAAGCAAAGACAGCGGGAGCAAAGGACAAGACGCUUCUCCUCUUUGUCAUUCGCGACCACAUUGGCGUCACUCCGCUCGCCAACCUGUCCGCUACCAUCAUGGCCGAUCUCUCCAAGAUCUGGUUCUCGCUCUCCAAACCCGAAGGACUGGAGUCGUCCAAUAUUACCGACUUUUUCGAUUUCAUGUUUACCACGCUCCCGCACAAGAUCCUCCAGCCCGCCGAGUUCGACAAAGCCGUUGACGCGUUGAGGAGCCGCUUUGUCGACCCCAAGGAUCCCGACUUUGUGUUCAAGACCGAAUACCACAAGCGCAUCCCCGCCGAUGGUCUGCCGCACUACCUCGAAUCCAUCUGGGAACAAGUCAUGACCAAUAAGGAUCUCGACCUGCCUACGCAGCAGGAGCUGCUCGCCCAGUUCCGAUGCGACGAGAUCGCCAAUGCCGCGUUCGGUCACUUUGCAGCCGGGAUCAAGGACUUCCGCAAGCUCAUCGAGGGCGGAUCUGUUCUCGAGACGUUGGGAGCCGACAUGGCGCUGCAACGCUCUACGGCGCUGGCCAAGUUCGACAGGGACGCCAGCAGAUACCACCAAGAUGUGUACAAGCGCAAACGGCUCGAUCUGCUCGAAAAGCUCAAUGGCGCUCUCUCGCCGUUCUUCCUCGGCCAGCUCAAGAAUCUGCAUCGACACGUGCUCCAGUCGUUCAAGCACAAUGUGCUCGAACGCAUGCGCAGCGAGCUCAACUACGACUUUGGCCACGUGGUCACCAGCGAAAAGCGCGCGGCGCUAGCCAAGUUUACCACGGCAGCACAGGCGGUGCUGCUUGCCGACACCGACUGGACCAUCGACGACGAAGUGACGCAGCUGGAUGGCGAGAUCCAGAGCAUCUCGGACACGAUGCGUGUCGAAGAGACCAAGAAGAUGGUGGCGCAGAUCGAGCGUACGUUCAAGAAGAACAUCGCCGAGCCUGUCGAGAUGGCGCUCAACACUCCGACGCCCGAUCUGUGGGACAAAGUGCUUGGUGCCUUCCGUGCGACGUUGGAACAGGCGGAAGCGACGUACCUGCGCAAAGCCAAGAGCUUCAACUGUACGGACGAGGAGAACGAGACGGCGCUGGUGGCGUUGCGACGCAAGAGCUGGUUGAGUCUGAGGGCGAAAGUCGACGAGCAGACGGCGGAUACCGUGUUGGCUGCGAAGCUGCGUAACAGCUUCGAGGAUCGAUUUAGGUACGACGAGGCAGGGGUUCCGCGCGUGUGGAAACCGGAGGACGACAUUGAUUCUGCCUUCCGUAAAGCACGCGAUGAGACGCUCGCGCUCAUCCCGCUGUACGCCAAGAUUGCGCCCCUGGACCCCUCGCUCGCCAUCGAGCUGCCUUCGACAUCGGACGACCCGUCGCACCAGUCUUCGGUCGAGCUGGGCGAAGAAGAGCCGUUCGACUUCCACGCCACGCUCACCGUGUUCAGCGAGACGCGCAAGUCGGACAUCGCCACGCGCUUCCGCAAGGAGGCCGACGCGCUGUACGUCGAAGCCAAGCGCUCGACUGUGUCGUCGAUCGCGCAGAUCCCCGUGUGGAUGUACGGCGUCAUGGUCGUGCUCGGGUGGAACGAGUUCAUGGUGGUGCUGUCGAGCCCUGUGUACUUUGCGUUCCUGUUGGUGUUGAUCGCGAGCGUAUAUGUGGUGUACAAGCUCAACUUGAGCGGGCCGCUGAUCAGUGUGACCAAGGCGGUGGGGAGGGAGGUGCACAGGCUCGCGGAUGACCAAUUGAGGAGCCAUUUCAGUCAGCCUUUGCCCGCGCCCGCGGUGUUGCAGGACCAGAGGCCGGCGGUGCCCAAGGUGAGUAAAGCGGAAGAGAUUGAGUUGGUGGAGAAGUAG